AUGGGUCGUCGCUUCCGCCUCAUUCGUUGGGACUGGUCAGGCGCCAUUGUCACCAACGCCAUCCACUACUACGAGAAUCCUGAGCCACUAUGCGACUUUCUCUGGCGCAUCUCCUUUGUGAAGCACAUCGCUCUCGGGAUCGAUCCUACAGCCACUCGAGUCUCUCCCGGUUCUGCCAAUUUCCUGAAAAUGACGGCCAUUGCGGAGGAUACUACUCGUGACCUCCCUUAUCACCCCGGCUCUCUACCGCCUGGGUACAACCUUCCCGAUGGCUCCCAGUUCAAGUACAUUCGUGAGAUGUUUGCAGAGUCUAUCGGCAACCGCGACUGGCCGUGCUACAAGCUGGAAGUGAUGUACAACGGAAAGAUACAUCACUUCCUCGUUGGCAAGCCAUGCUUCCUAGCGAGAGGCCUUGCGGGUCGCGGCACUUGUGGUUACGUCGCUCUCGAUAUCGCCAAUGACCGCCUCGUGUGGCUCAAAGACACUUGGCGUACGUCGUACCUAUUCGCAGACCGGGAAGGAGACAUUCUCCAGCGACUCAACGAAGCCGGUAUCGAUAACAUCCCAACCCUCGUCUCCCACGGAGACGUCCCCCACCAGGAAGGUAGAGACUACAACGAGGGUAGUGUCUCCAUCGGCAAAUAG